AUGGUUCGAGGAGAGAUCUGCCACCUUCACAUCGGCCAGGCCGGUAUCCAGCUCGGUAAUGCCGCUUGGGAGCUUUACCAGCUCGAGCACGGCCUGACCCCGGAUGGCCACUACGACUCCAGCCGCGCCGACGAGGUCACCUCCAGCGGCUCCUACGACACCUUCUAUACCGAGACCAGCGGCGGCAAAUACGUCCCCCGCGCCAUCUUCGCCGAUCUUGACCCUUCGCCCGUCGACGAGAUCCGCAGCGGUGCAUACAAGAGUCUCUUCCACCCCGAGCAGCUGAUCAGCGGCAAGGAGGAUGCCGCCAACAACUAUGCUCGUGGCCACUACACUGUCGGCAAGGAGCUGGUUGACGAUGUGAUGGACCGCAUCCGCCGUGUCGUUGACAACUGCUCCUGCCUGCAGGGCUUCCUGGUCUUCCACUCCUUCGGCGGUGGUACCGGCUCUGGCUUCGGUGCUCUUCUGUUGGAGCAGCUGUCUGCCGAGUAUGGCAAGAAGCCCAAGCUCGAGUUCUGCGUUUACCCUUCGCCUCGCGUGUCGACCGCCGUCGUGGAGCCCUACAACGCUGUUCUGUCCACCCACAGCACCAUUGAGAACUCCGACUGCACUUUCCUCGUCGACAAUGAGGCCGUCUACGAUAUCUGCCGUCGCAACCUCGAUAUCCCCCGUCCUAGCUUCGACCACCUCAACCGUCUAAUCGCCCAGGUCGUCAGCUCUAUCACCUCCAGUCUGCGCUUCGACGGUGCUCUGAACGUCGAUCUGAAUGAGUUCCAGACCAACCUGGUGCCCUUCCCUCGUAUCCACUACCCUCUGAUCUCGUAUGCCCCUGUUGUCGGCAGCAACCGCAGCGCCCACGAGAGCUUCAAGGUCCAGGAUCUCACCUUCCAGUGUUUCGAGCCCAACAACCAGAUGGUGGUCUGCGACCCUCGUAAUGGCAAGUACAUGGCCGUUGCUCUGCUGUACCGCGGUGACGUUGUGCCCCAGGAGUGCCACAAAGCCGUCGCCAACGUCAAGGCCAAGGCCUCCUUCAACCUGGUUGAGUGGUGCCCUACCGGUUUCAAGAUCGGUAUCAACUACCAGAAACCCGCCCAGGUCCCCGCCAGUGAGAUGGCCCCCGUUGACCGCGCUGUCAGCAUGCUGUCCAACACCACUGCCAUUGCCGAGGCCUGGAGCCGUCUGGACCACAAAUUCGACCUCAUGUACUCCAAGCGUGCCUUCGUCCACUGGUACGUUGGUGAGGGUAUGGAGGAGGGAGAGUUCUCCGAGGCUCGUGAGGAUCUCGCUGCUCUGGAGAAGGACUAUGAGGAGGUCGCCGGCGACUCGCUCGAGGAGGAAGAGGAGGAACUCGAGUAUUAA